GCUAACAAACGGACCGGAAAUAUCAACUGUUUGCCAUGAGGGAAUUUACUCAUGGAUGCUUUUUCAAAGAAGAAUGGAUGGAUCAGUAAAUUUCUGGAGAAACUGGACUGAGUACGAAAAUGGAUUCGGUUAUAAAGAAUCAGAAUUUUGGCUAGGCAACAGAAAAAUUGCAGAGCUAACCGGCAAAGGGUACAGUCAUCUUAGGAUAGAAAUGAUGGACCACGACUGUAUAUGGAAAUAUGCAGAGUACAGUACCUUCGCUGUAGACAACGAACAUAAAAAAUACAGAAUGCAUGUUUCCGGAUAUAAUGGAACAGCGGGGGACAGUUUUUCGUAUCAUAACGGCAUGUACUUCAGUACCUAUGAUAACGAUAAUGACGUGUCUAGCUCUAACUGCGGACAGGUACGGCACGGGGCGUGGUGGUACCGCUCAUGUCACAAAUCGAACCUGAACGGAGAGUACGAUAAUACGGAUUACUCCGACGGAAUCAACUGGUAUCACUGGAAGGGGUUCUACUUCUCAAUGAAGGAAGUGAGAAUGAUGCUGAGAAAACCUUAA